CACAAACAGCAUUACACAUCAUGUACUCCAGUUCUGCCCUAUUAAACUACAGCUGUACACAUGGUGUCGUGAUAUACUUUCAUCUUCACAGAACUGAUCGUGCUGAAUGGUUUCCUCUAAUGUGUUACUUCCUAAUUCACCCAUUGUGUGUUUCAUUGUGUUUGUUUCACACUCGCUGGGAUGAAGUUGUUCGUCUUCAUUGUUUUUCAGCUCCUUAUUGAGGUUCAGUCCAACAACAAACUUCAGAAACCCGUCAUUAGUGUUAGUGAAGAUGAGAAUCAGCUCAGCAUAAUCUGUGAAAUACCACUGUUAGUCAGAGCUGUCUUCAACUGUAGCCUUUACUAUGGAGAUGAUGCUAUUCUGGUCAACCGUGACUCCGAGAGUUCACCUGGAGAGAAACAUCUUUGUAAGUUUAAUCCAACUCUUAGUGAUCUCUUGAAAAGACCAGUGCAGAACAAACAGUUAAGCUGUGAUUAUUCACUGAAGACUGAACCUGACAUCAGAUCUCCACACAGUGACACACACAUCAUUGGAGCAGCAUCAAUGUCAAUGUCCACUUCUGAAACCACACAGCUUAACAGUACAGCUGCAGACCCCCAUUCAAAGACAAAUCAGCAGUCAACCAGCAGCACCAAACAAACAACAGGCAAAGAUUCCACCACAAACCUGCCAACCAGUACAUCAAUGCAAACCACAGCUGAGCCAACAGUUCACACUUCAACAGAUCAACCAACCACAGCAAAAUACACAGAAAACACAGCAAAGGACACCACAGAUCCAUGGGUUAAAGUGCUGGCUUUCUCUUGUGCUGGUGUCAUUUUGUCUGUAUUUAUUUGUCUGAGCUGGUUUGCAAGCAAAAAGAGAAUAAAACUUCAAGGAAAUGGUACGAGUUGUUCUGGAUCACCAGAGAUCUAUUCUCUUAUCACUUCUGUACCAGCCACAUCUCAACCCACAUCUGAGGAUCUGGAGCACCCAGAGUCACAUCAGCACAACACAGCAAACCCUACAGACACUUUCAUUACUUCUGAAAACCCAAUCUAUCAGCCCUCAGAUGUGUCAGUUAAUACACAACAUCAGGGAAAUACAGAGCAAACUGAGAGUGUUUACCACCUGUACAGCACGAUCCCCGAUAAACCUGUUCAGCCCUACACUGGAGAUCAAGAAUACAGUUUGAUCCAGAUGCACUGAGUCUCAGAUUAAAGGGCCAGGGAGGGUAAAAUGUCCUUUUCUG